CAUCAGCCGCCCAACAAUAGGCAUAAGCCACAACGCUGUGGAUCUCAAAGAAAAGUCAUGACAAUGUGCAUCACCACACCAUCAGCUGCCCAGCAUCAAUUCUUCCAAACGAUCCAAUAAUCCCUUCCCCCUCCCCAUCCAAAUCACCUUUUAAUUAUUCUGCGUCCGCGAUUUCGCAAUCACCCGAAUUCAUUUCGUGUUAUCCCCAAAUCUCGCGUCAUCUCUCUUGACCUGGGCCAAGCAAUCGAUCAUCCCGAUCCACUCGGGCUUUAAACAAAUCGCUGCAAAUUUGUUGUUUUCCCCUUAAAUUUUUAUGCCAAGAUCGCUUAAAUUCAACCGGCCAGGUGGGGAUUUCCUAGGAGAGGAAGGCGAUGGCGCCGCCGCGGAAGCAGCAGCAGGAGGAGGAGAUGGUUGCCGGCGGAGGCGAGGCGGCGGCGCUGCGGGCGCCGGCGGACGUGAUCGCGCGGGUGUUCUCGCAGCUGGACUGCGUCGACCUCCUCAGCUGCUCGCUCGUGUGCAGGCAAUGGUACCGCGACUCCGCGGAGCUGCGAGAGGAGUGGAGAAAGGAGUACAUGGAGGCCUGGAACCAGUUUGGUCUCUACGUCAAGCAGCAGCCGCAGCAGCCAUGCCCGACCUGCUCAAGCUCGAUCAGAACCCUGCGAGGCCUGUGUUCCUGAGAACUGCUGCUCCCUCCAUUCCCUGUCCUGCCAUUUUCACAAAGGCAAAACAUUUGUAGAUGGCACCAACUUCUGUAUUGCACAUGAGCAUUGGUGGUGGCAGACUUGUGUGUUUUGGGUAGUGUCAGUGCUGCCUCUGCAACAGAUUCAUCAGUAUGUGUGUACAUGGUGAAUAAAACUGAUGUUAGUUACAUGGUGGAUUGCUCUUCUGUAUAAUUGUAUUGUUGAUUGGUGUGUAAUGCAGUAAUGCAAUGUGCCUCUUGAUAUAUGCAA